AGACUGUGCUCAUCAAGAAGAAUCAGCAAUUGUUUGCUUUCAUAUCACAUUGCUGAAAUAUAUGGAAGAAAAAAAAAAAAAAUUUGCUGUACUAGCAGAUUUUAUAGCACUUUUGGUCUGAAUCGAUCGUCAAUGUCUGUCACUUCGAGAGUACGAAGAAUACUAAUUCAUCGGUCUGAGUGA